GACCCGGCCGUUUUCUUGCAGUUGUUGUACCAUCUCGCUAGCUGGCUCGCUCACUCAAGUUUGUCCCAUACAUUUGAAUCAGCCAUGUUUUCGUGUAGCCGCCGAGCUAGACUAUCGUGAUGGCGUUCGGUUAAACUGCACUUUAGUGUCCCAAUCGGCGACCGCGCUUGUUUCAAAUUGUGUGUGUUUUGUUGAGGACGAGUGGCUACUUCGACAUGUCGCAAGAACUCGUGCUGCACAGCCCCGUGGGCUCUGAUCCCGCCGUUUACCACUGGCCUUUAACUUCGGGCCGAGGCGCGGACAAACACGAUGGUGCGAUCGAAAUCGUGGAGACAAUCCGCUGGGCUUGCAAGGAGCUGCCCGAUCUCAAGCUGCCCCUCGAGAACAACAUCCUGAAAGACUACGACACUCGCAGCUUUGAAUCCAUGAGAGGAUUAUGCGACAGGUACAACCGCGCCAUCGACGAGUUCCUGAAGUUGGAAAAAGGCACUGCACGGCGGGCUGAGCGAAUUGGCAAGAGACCCUCGCAGGAUCUGCUGCGCCACAUCAUUCAGCAAACCUACAAUCAGGCGGUCGAGGAUCCAGACAAGCUCAACCAGUAUGAGCCUUUUUCACCAGAGGUGUACGGGGAGACGUCUUUUGAUCUCGUCUUGCAGAUGAUUGAAAAGGUCUGUCCGACGCCGGAGGACACGUUCAUCGACCUGGGCUCCGGGGUUGGACAGGUGGUGCUGCAGAUGGCCGCCGCCACCAACUGCAAAAUGUGCUAUGGCAUCGAAAAGGCGGACAUGCCUGCUAAAUAUGCGAAGUCUAUGGAUCGUAGUUUCCAAAGGUGGAUGGCCUGGUACGGAAAAAGCUAUGGCAAGUACACAAUCUUGAAGGGUGACUUCCUCAACGAGGAGAACAGAACGAUGAUCACGUCGGCGUCGCUGGUAUUUGUAAACAAUUUCGCAUUCGGCCCCAACGUCGACCACGCUCUGAAGGAGAGGUUCGCCGAGCUCAAAGACGGAACAAGAAUCGUGUCCUCAAAGUCCUUUUGCCCAGCCAAUUUCCGCAUUACGGACAGAAAUCUGUCUGAUAUUGGCACGAUCAUGGAGGUGACGGAAAUGGACCCUUUGAAAGGAUCGGUUUCGUGGACUGGAAAGCCUGUGUCGUACUUCCUUCACGUCAUAGAUAGGUCAAAGCUGGAGAGGUACUUCACGAAAAACAAAGCCAGAUCCAACGGCAGCUGCAACGGAGAUGAGAAUAUACGAAAUCCAAGAAUUAGACGAGAAGCAAAGUCGAUGACGGAGGACACUAGUUCUAAUGACGGCUCUUUGAAGCAAGACGACCCACGGUCUUCCGACGAGGAGAAAGGAAAGGUGUACGGACCUACCACCAGACAUGCGUGGAACGUGUAUACAAUGAAAGCUAGUGGAAAGGAAAGCUGCAGCGACGACGAUAACAACAAUGCGGGUAAAGUCCAGGCUCAGAGAAAGAGGGUGAAGCGAAAAAUGUCUCCAAGACCCAACAAGCCGAAUGUGUUGAAGCGGCCUGGAAGAAAGCCGAAAGGCAAAAUCGCUCGUCAAAAGAAAAAGAAGAAGAUCAACAUCAACGGCUUGGAUCUCCUUCACAGUGAAACCCUGCUUAGCACGAGCAACCAGAUGCAGGGCCAGAAGCUGCCGCCGGCGCCUGGCUGCGUGGAUCAGCAGCUGCCAAGCCUCAUCCUGGUUGAAAACGCGCCGUCGAUUGUGCACAACGAGGUAGAACCAAGAAACUCGUUGGAGCCGUAUGGGCUGCAGGUGCUUCUGGACAGCAUCAGGACGAGUUACAUGCAGUUCAUCCACCACAUGAAGACGCCUGACUUCAAGGUCAGCGUGCAGAUGUCAAUUAAGGCGGAGAAGGAGCGAAAUGCCAAGAUCCUGAACCGCGCCUCACAGCUGGAAAAGCAGAUUCAAGUGCUGAUCACAGACAGCGUGGCGCUGCUCAAAACGCGGAUGAACGAAAUCGGCAUCGUGGCCAACAACCCUAGUGAUCUUCUCUCAAGUGCCAAAGAUAUUGUACAGACACACAAAGAGUUGCAGGGUAGUCUGGCUCAUCUUCAAAGAGAGGUAAUUCGUUACCCCGCUCUCAUAAGAGACACGGCUCCUAUAUUGGCACUUACUUGUUUACAGGUACUGCCUCUAGAGGAAGAGAACCUGAGACUGAUGCAACGGCACCAGCAACACGCUGUGGUGGCGGCAGCUGCAGCGGCCGCGGCCGAGAAGUCAGCCCACGAGCCACCGCACGCGCUCAACGGCGUGCGCAACUGUGAUCCGGCGCUGGAGGAGGCGCGCAGGAAGCAGCACAAGCUAAUGGAGCGGCAGAAGAACGAGAUGCUGCUGGCCAAGGCCGAAAGCAAGCCGGUGCCCGUCAUCUACAAGCCGCCUCCUGAGCACCACCCCCACGUCCACCCGCCACAGCUGCAGCAACACUACGAGAAGGCGGCCGUGCAAGCACCUGUGAUAGUGGGCAACGGGCAGCAGCCGCAGCACCUGCUCCAGACCGUUGCCCAGCAGCAGCAACAACAUCAGCAUCAACAGCAGCAACAACAUCAGCUGCAGCAGCAACAACAUCAGCAGCAACAACAUCAGCAGCAGCAACAUCAGCAGCAGCAACAGCAACCGCCGCCUCCUCCGCCCCCGCCGCACGUCAAGAGUCGCAAGAGCCGCGAGUCACGCUCGAGGUCACAGGACUGGCCGGACGUGCCCAAUGUGGAAAAGAUCAAGGAGGACAACCCUGAGAUCCUGGCCAAGAAGCUGCUUGAGGUCGGACGCCAGAUCGAGGCGGAGAAGAUGAAAGAGAACCCGCGCCACCUCAAGCACCAUGAUGAAAAGCCCGAGAACAAGGCUGCGGCGGCGGGCCCUGGCAAGAGUCAGCAGGAGUCGUCGUACAAGAUCAACUUCAGCGACCGCAUGCAGGCCAUCAUUGAGUCUGAAUUGAAUGACGGCAACGAGCGAAAGCAGCAACACCAGCAGCCGCAGCCUCCCCCUCCACCGCCCCCGGUGGUCAGUCAGUCCCGCCCGACGCCCUCCUCAUCCUCUUCGCACCACGUGCACGCCAAGAUGCACCCUUACCCAGUGCCGCAGGUGCCUCUGGGACACCAGAUCAAUCACGGCUACCCGCAGGCCGCUCCCAUGAUGGACGCCCGCUCCAAAGACUCACGGAGGAUCUCGUCCGACAACCGCCGGCAGCCAGACUACACGCAGCUCUCACCCGCCAAGGUCGCACUCAGGAGGCACCUGUCUCAGGAAAGACUGGCGCAACAGCACCCCUCAAUGCAAAUGCACCACCCCCAGCAACCACCCUCCCACCAAGCCAACCAACGUUAUAGCUCGAUAGCGGAUUUGAUGAACAACGAGAUCGAACGCACGCUGGGCGCAGUGCCCCCAGAGCGCCACCAGCCGAGCGAGAGGACGACGUACGAGAUCAAGCAGCAGAACCUGAUUGAUGCCGUGGUUGAACGGACGACGACGUCGUCGACGCCAAACGCGAGCAGCAACGACAUCCUUAAGAUGGACACUACCAAGAUGCGGUCUAAAAUCAGCCGCGUGAUGACGGAAGACGAGGGUGAGAGCAGCUCUCGCACACUCUACUCGCCCAUCUCGCGGCCGAACAGCACCGACACGUCGGCGUCGCAGCCCAUUCUCGAGGGGCUGGCCUACCCGCGCUCGAAAUCUCCCUUCUCGCAGCGGCAGCAACAACAGCAGCAACAGGCGCCGGCAGGCGCCAUCUCCUCAGUACAACUGCCAAGGGCGGACAUCAACCCGUACAUCGAGUCAUACUACUUCUCUGACAGCAAACGGCCCGUCGUAGUCACUGCCUCAAAACUCAACUCCGCGCGUACCUCAACAAUUGUGCCAAUACCUCCAAACAACGCCGGCCCCUCGGAGGAGCCGUUCUCCGAGGGCCUGGCCGCCUCCCUGCACGCCCGCAUCAAGAAGGCACCCGCCAAAGAAGAGGUCAAGUCUCCCGCCGACUGCAUGGGUGCGGCGGUGCCGCCGCCCGUGGUCAAGCUGGAGCCCGUCGAGGACUCCAGCGGCCCCGAACUGCCUCCCCCAAAGCCCGUGGCGCGGAAACGUUCGCUCUCCACCGCGCCGGGCAGUCCGCCGUGUAAGAUGCCUUCCAGCGAGACGCAAGACUCAAGCAGCAGGCCACCCUCGGACGGUCCCAAAGCCUCUGAGCAACCCACACUGCCGCCCCCGCCACCCCCCAGCUCCUCCUCCUCUAACUCAAGUCAGCAACCGAUGCCUUCAACCGGCACCACGGCAGCUGCAGAGGAAGAGGACGUUCCCCACAAAAAGAUCCAGGAGAGUCUGGACCACACGUUCGACAAGCUGAUGAACUUUGCCUCGUCGGAGGUGGACAAGCGGCGGCGCAGCACGGAAGGUGCCUCGCCGCGCGGCAACACGCUCAGCUGCAACACCAGCCCGGACAGCGGCAUCGGCCGCGAGUUGUCGGCCACGUCGGUGUCGUCGUCCGAGGUGUGCAAGUCGCCGGUCAAAGGCAGCGUCAGUCCGAACGCCAAGCUGCCGCGGUUGCCUAAGAAGAACCCGAUGGCGCUGACGAUGGUGGAGGCGGCGCCGUCUCCGCUGACCGUCACGUCCAACAUCGCCGAGGAGGAGGACGAGCUGCUGUCGGGCCCGCCGCGGACGCCGUCGCCGUCCAACGAGCGGCCCUCGUCCAACCCGGCCGCGCCCGCCACCGCAGCGGCCGCAGCCGUCAAGCCGCCCACGCCAGAGCCGGCCGUGCUGCCCAAGAAGAAGUUCCGCGAGUAUUGGAACGAUUCGUCUUCUGGCUCUGGCGGCGCCAACAGCAACCCCGCCUCGCGCUUCCGGCCCAAGGGCAAGGACUACGGCGGCUGGCACCACCGCGACGACUACCACCAGGACUACAACAGGCAGCCGUACCCGUCGAAACACCGCUCCAACAGCAGCGAGGAGCGUUACCGGCACUUUGGAGGCGGUGGCGUCAAUAACAAGCGGCCGCGCAUGCUCGACCGGCCCAACAUGUACGGGCCUCCCGGUGGGCCCCAUAACCAAGGCGGCUACCCCCCGCCGCCACCACCAAACUACUACAACAGUCACUACCAGCCGGGACGCAACAACGGCGGCGGCAAGCCCAAGUGGCCCCCCAGAGGUCCCCAGUAAAAGGUUUCUGAAGAAGUUUGUUGACUCGGAAAAAUGUCCAAACCUGACCCUCAUCGUUCGGAAAAUGUUUUUGUUUAAACAAAUCGCAAUAUAUCUUAGUUGAUAAAUCCAACAAGUUGUUACAAAAUAUGGAUUUUUUUUAAUUUAUUCGUACUUUUUUAGCGAAAAGUAAACUUUGUCGUGGCUUCAGCUGGAAACAUCUGGUGUCAAAACAGAAAAUUUGACUUAACAAGGAAGCCCCGUGGUCCAACCGCUUCUAGCAUAAUAUUAUACUCUUUUCAUUUAACGCGUUCACUUCUUUGAAGGAAACAUGAACCGCCAGUCAACUUUUUCUAUCAUUGCUCUUGAGUUACAGACUGGACAAAUUUUUUUGGAAAAACGUAUGGUGCUUUUCACUGCAAUUUUCUUCUAAUUUGUUUUAAAAAAUGCUAUUAUUGGUCAGUAUGCGGGUUUUCCUUGGUAAGUGAGGAUUCGCUUGUCAGAAAAAAAUUAACAUUUGAAUGAAAAUCCAUUUUGAUUAAAUAUUUUUUCUCGACUUUUAAAAUCUGUACAGGAGUUGUUUGGAAUUGUAACCCAAGAUUUUUAUAAAUUUGACCGCUGAGUUAAGGCUUGUAACUAGCAGUGGAAAAACGUUCCCCUCAGAAAAUCUGCAAAUUGUUUUAUUGAAUUUAAAAUUAUUCUGUGGACAAUUUCCGAAAUCAACGGACUUGCUACCGACCUGUGGCAGUUUGUUGUAUUGUCCUCCUGCGACGAUCCAAAGGCAAACGCUGAAUUUAAAUUUUGCAACUUUUCUACCGAGGUUUUUAUUGAAAAGAAGUGUCCGCGAAGAUGUUUUUCUACCGACGAAAAUGCUCACAAGUUUCGAUGCAAAGUAUAAAUCUUCAACACCAAAAUUCAGUUUGAUAAUAGUUGGUGGAUAUUUUGGAUCCAAAAGUUUUUUCCAGCUGUGUUUACAAAUCAAUAGCAACUUUUUCAGUUUAGUGUACAAACAAACUCAAGCGAAAAACUGGACUACAUGAACACAAAGAGUAUUUCCAUCUGUGAUAUUACGUUUAAAGUUAAUUUCGAAUCACACAUGCACACUCGCUCUUGUCCGAGUGUUCUCUCAAAAGCUGUAUCCAGAGUCGACGACCACUUUUGUAUCGUGAAUAUCUGUUUCACACACUACACCUGUUCUCCGACACCCUCUUUUAAACCGUUGGCCCGAGAUGAUAACGCUGGAUUAGGAUAUGAAAAGGAACCCGAUAACGAUAAUAUUACCAAAUCAAGCAAAUUAAUUAGGUGGUCUGUGUUUAUUGGCAUAACCGAAUCAAGUGAUAGAAUUAAAAUCGCAGUUAAUCGGCAGCCCCCCGUGCGCCCGCGAGGGUUUCAAAUUCAAUGCCCGAAAGAUUGCAUGGAAAACUCAUGAUAAAAAAAGAUUACUUGUGUUUGUUGUUCCAGACGUUGAAAGCUGGUUGUUGUAGUAGAGGGUAAGGAAAGAAGUGUAAAUAAUUGGUGAGAUGCAUCUUGUUUUUUGUUUCCAUUUCCUUUUUGUUCUGUGCUCCAUUGGGGAUGAUGUGAUUUUUCAUCAUUUUUCAAGAACUUGUGAUGACUGUUAUUUCACUUGUUAAGCGUUCGGAUUAUUCUUUGUUUUGUUUCGAACUCUUGUGUGUUUGGACAGUCUCUGCGAAAUCACAGAACCAAACGACCCACAUGAUGAUGAUGUGCGAUACACACUGCCACUGACGUAAUUCAUGUAUUCUCAUUUAGCGACAAAGCAAGUUUGUUUUUAAGUCGUUGUCGUGUUUUUAGUUUGGUCGAGACCGAACCAAUAAGAGCUAGAUGCUCUGCAACUUACAAACGAGAUGUGAAUGAUUUAAAGUAUUGCGAACUUCACGAGCUGAUUUGAACUUGCCAAGUACAAAACAAACCCUUUUCGGCGGUAGUUUGGAAUCGAUGAAUGGUGUGUAAAUUUAAUGCAACGUGUGUAUAGUCGCUUACGAUUAGUACUUCUAAUUAUAGACUACAGAAAAUGGUAAUUAAAGACUAAAAUGUAGUCGUAGCAUGGGAUAAUUGUUCAAAUAUUUAGUUGCGGAGCUGCGAAGAGCCGGAAGGAGUUUUACACUAUUGUAACUGCAUAAUUUUGAUGAGACUCCAUGUUUGUAAUUUAAAAUGGCAAAAAUGUUUUCACGAUUAAAAAACUGUACAUGAAA